UCGUACACUAGAUAAUUUUGUGCUGUGGUAUCUUAAAAUUGAACAAAGUUUGAGAAUGCAAAUCUUUGUGAAAACUCUCACUGGAAAAACCUGUACUCUUGAAGUUGAACCUUCAGACACCAUUGAAAACGUGAAACAACAUCUAGAGGAAAAGGAAGGAAUUCCCUCUGAUCAACAACGAUUAAAUUUUGCAGGAAAGCAGUUGAAAGAUGAUCGUACACUCUCUGACUACAAUAUACAGAAAGAAUCCACUCUCCACUUGGUACUGAGUGUGCGUGGUGGCAUGCAGAUUUUCGUGAAGACCCUGACAGGGAAGACCAUCACUCUGGAGGUAGAGCCAGCUGAUACCAUUGAGAAUCUAAAGAAAAAGCUGCAGGACAAGGAAGGUAUCCCCCCUGAGCAGCAGCGACUUAUCUUUGCUGGCAAGCAAUUGGAAGAUGGCCGCACCUUAUCAGAUUACAACAUCCAGAAAGAAUCCACCCUCCACUUGGUAUUGCGUCUGCGUGGUGGUAUGCAGAUUUUUGUGAAGACCCUGACAGGGAAGACCAUCACUCUGGAGGUAGAGCCAGCUGAUACCAUUGAGAAUCUAAAGAAAAAGCUGCAGGACAAGGAAGGUAUCCCCCCUGAGCAGCAGCGACUUAUGUUUGCUGGCAAGCAAUUGGAAGAUGGCCGCACCUUAUCAGAUUACAACAUCCAGAAAGGAUCAACCCUGCACUUGGUUCUUCGCCUCCGAGGUGGUUUCUGAAGAGCCCACCUCAAACUUCAGAGCACCAGCAUACGUU